GCUCAGGAGUGCACGAUGGGGGAUGAGGAGAAACGCAACAGGGCCAUCACGGCCCGCAGGCAGCACCUGAAGAGCGUCAUGCUGCAGAUUGCGGCCACUGAGCUGGAGAAGGAGGAGGGCCGCCGGGAGGCGGAGAAGCAGAACUACCUGUCGGAACACUGCCCGCCAUUGCACCUGCCCGGCUCCAUGUCUGAAGUGCAGGAGCUCUGCAGGCACCUGCACGCCAAGAUCGACGCGGCCGAGGAGGAGAAGUAUGACAUGGAAGUGAGGGUGCAGAAGAGCACCAAGGAGCUGGAGGACAUGAACCAGAAGCUGUUCGACCUGAGGGGCAAGUUCAAGCGGCCCCCGCUGCGCCGCGUGCGCAUGUCGGCCGACGCCAUGCUGAAGGCGCUGCUGGGCUCCAAGCACAAGGUGUGCAUGGACCUGCGGGCCAACCUCAAGCAGGUCAAGAAGGAGGACACCGAGAAGGAGCGCGACCUGCGUGAUGUGGGCGACUGGAGGAAGAACAUCGAGGAGAAGUCAGGCAUGGAGGGCCGCAAGAAGAUGUUCGAGACCGAGUCCUAGGCCCCUCACCCCCAGUCCCGCCCGGCGCCCCUGGCACUGGGGGGGCCCUGAGGCUGACUUGGCGCCUGUCAAUAAAGGAUUCCAAUCCCCA